AUUACAAACGUCUCCUUAGUUCAUUCAAAAGAUGUUUCGGAUCUUGAUCGGUUUCUGUAUUGUGGGAAUAUCUCUGGCAGGCACCGUUUCCCAGAGCGGUGUGCCUAUGCCCGAUGGUCGUAUUGUGGGGGGUCGCGAUGCGGACAUAACCAGUUUUCCGCAUCAGAUCUCCAUGCGCUUCAGGGGAAAUCACCGAUGCGGCGGCUCCAUUAUUGCACCUAAUAUUAUUGUCUCUGCCGCUCACUGUGUGAAUACAUUAACGGGUGUGGCUAAUUUGACGAUUAUUGCUGGCACUACUCAAACCAUCUGGCCAACUGGUCAGGAAUUGCCGGUAAGGGAGAUCAUCAUUCACGAGAAGUACAAGUCCUUAUACCAGGACUACGAUGCUGCCAUUUUGGUUCUGGAUGGUGAAUUCGAGUACAAUGAAGCAGUACAGCCAAUCGGAUUGGCCAGUGAGCGUCCAGAGGAUGGUACACCUGUCACCGUAACAGGCUGGGGCACAACUAGCGAAGGAGGCGUCAUUUCUAAUAUUCUACAACAGGUGGAAGUGAAUGUGGUGGACAAUGUAAAGUGCAAGAGCGCAUAUUCCAUUGCCCUGACCAGUCGUAUGCUCUGUGCUGGUGUCGAUGGCGGCGGCAAGGAUGCCUGUCAAGGCGACUCUGGCGGUCCGCUGAUCUACAACAAUGAGCUAGUAGGCAUUGUCUCCUGGGGCACGGGCUGUGCACGCGAAAAAUAUCCAGGUGUAUAUGCUGCCGUACCUGUUUUGAGGCAAUGGAUAAUCGAAACUCGUGCGUCCAAGGCCAAUGUGGGCAGCAUUGAUUUCCUAUAAACAGUAAACUCUGACAUAAUCUGAAAGAUAGUAAGCACAAUAAAUUCGCUUAAUCUGC